UCGCGUUGUUAAAACUUUUUAAAACGUAUAAAUUUCAGCAAGUGACGCACGGCGAAGUUCUCGAUUCUAAAUUUAGCGGUCAGUUUAGACUAAUUCGCGGUUAAUUCGUUCAUAUAGUGUUAAAAUGUCGAAGUUCUUGUUGCUGCUUCUCUUCGCUCUAAUUCACAAUGUACAGAACGCGCGGGCUUGCAAAUGGGUGUGCGUGGACAAAAACAACAACAUAAAAAAAGAAUUUAUCAACGGGCGAAAGAUCGCUUUAAAUCCGCAAAACAAACGCGAAAUCUCGGUGACGAAAGAGUUUAGCAACUUGAAGAAAAAAGAAGCGAUCCUAAAGAGUCCUGAGGUUGUGGUGGAAUCAAAUCACGAUAUGUGCUCGACCAGCGAGUCGUUGAAAACCAUCAAAGAAAUGGCCAAAAAAAUCAAAUGCAAACCCCGAGAAACGAUCGUAGAUAUCAAAUACAGAGGCCGAAAGGUUCGCACAAAGUACAUCACAAAUUUAUCGUAUAAAAUAAGAUCCCUGUGUCUUCAGGUAAUCCCCGGCAAGGUGACCACCAAAUUGUGCUCGGGCUUCUGCUCGGGUUCCAGUUCCUGCAUAGCCACAGAAACUGCCAACGUCUCCUUAUCGGUUUCCAUUCCCGAUUCCAGCGGUAGAUUACAAUGCUCCGUCGUACAAGUACCGGAAGACGUGAAGUGCAAGUGCGGUUGCGAUAAAAAGCUGUUCGAUUGCAACAAGAAACAGGCAUUCGAUAAGAAGUUUUGCAAAUGCAAAUGCACCAACGAGGAAGAGAAGAGAUCGUGUUUAUCGAAAAUGAAAAACGGCAUUAACAAAUAUUAUUGGAGCAAGGAGGAGUGCUUUUGUAAAUGUCGAAAUGAAUUUGUCUGUACCACAGGGACGAGAUGGGACCACGAAAUAUGCAGAUGUGUUAAAAUGGAAAAACAGAAAUAAUUUCCUGGAAUAUUAGAUAUCAUUUGAAACGCAGUAUUACUUUCUUACACUAAACAGAACUCCAGCCAUCGUAACGUAUCUAAUUUUAAUUAUAAUUUAUUGCAAAUAAUAAACUGUUAUUUACUUUA